AAACGCUUAUGUAAAUCUAUGUGCAUCUUAAGGCGAUAGAUAGAUAGAUGGAUGGAUGGAUGGAUGGAUGGAACUUUAAUGAUCCCUUGGGAAAUUAAGGCAUAGUUCCUGCCAAAACUGAUGGCUGAUGAAAAAUGUUAACCGCUUAGGUUAACAUUUUUCAUUUUCUCAAAAGACCCCAAAAAAGUAAAAAAAAAGUAAACGUGAUGACGUGAUGUUUUGAAAUAAUCUAAGCAUUCUAGAAUACCUUAAAAGAAAAGUGGCCAACAAUCGAAUUUUUAAUUUUUAAUCCCAGAAUUUUGAAAUAAAUUAGAAUUCCCAGAAUUCUCUGAGCCACAAUUUUGGUUUUCCUGUUAUUACUAUUAAAGUGUUAAAUAAAUUGAUUGUUCAUUACCACGGUGCACCACAACUCCCAUGAUGCCAAAGUGGGUUGUCGUCAUCAGCCAUCGACAGCCGCUUGGUGACGCAGCGUGCAGCUGCCCGGACAAGUUUAAAAAAAAUAAACCUCAAACUUUUUUUACCUCAUACGGCGGCCGUUGUUUUUCCGCUGUAAAACCGGGAAUAAUUACAUUUUUUAACAAAGGACACGUUUGAAAGUAGGCCAAAGAAGAAGUGGAGACUGCAAUGUCUUCCGGAGAUGAAGAAACAUCUGGUGAUGUUUCAUCAGCUUCUGCUGCUACUGCUCCUGCUGUGGAUUCAAAGGCAAAAGUGGUCAAACUGCUGGACGAGUGGGAGAAGUCCAGACGAGGUGGCACGGACGGUCUGUUGUCUGUCUUAACAAAAAUGUCUGAGGUGAUUGAAUGGGAAACAGCAGAGUAUCACAAAACUGAUCCUGAUCCAUUUGAUGAUCGUCAUCCAGGUCGAGCAGAUCCCGAUGGGAUGCUGGGACAGAUUCUCAAGACGAUCUUCUCCAACAGUGACUUUACUGAUGCUCUGUUGGACAUGUACAUCGUGAGCAGCCGAGAUGCUAGCCUCAACACUGCAGCCUGUCGUCUGUUCCUGAACAUCAUACCAGGUCUGGAGACCACCAUCAUCUUCAAUGAGAAGGACGGUCUGGUGGGUCAUCUCUACACCUUUGCCUGUGAAGCUGUGCGGCCACUGAAUAUCUACGCCACAGGGCUCCUGGCCAGAGCUAUGAGUAGCCAGGAGGUAGCAGCAAAGUACAAACAAGAGAACUCUCAGCUGGUUUCGAUCAUGAUCCAGCGCCUGCAUGAGCUGCAAACCAAAAACCUAGAUGGGCACUGUGUAAACCUGACAGAAACCCCUCAGGUCCUUCCUCCCGACUGUCAGGUCCAUAACACACAAACUUCAAGUCUUUCAAAAGGCCACGGAGACCAGACGUAUGAAAAAGCCAGGAGUGAGGACCAGUCAAAGACCAGCACCAAGCCUUUGUCCCCGCUCAGACCAGCGCAGGAGAAUGGCAUCACCUCCACCCAAACUCCUCCUCCGGGCUCAGUGCUCCAGAACAGGAACUCAUCCUCCAAGAGGACAGAGGAAAAACAAGGAGGAAGGAGACGAGGGAUGAAGGAGAACAACCAAAAGGCCAAGCAGAAGACCUGUGAGGAGUCUGAUAGCAGCAAUCCACCCAUCAGUACCACCGCUUCCUGGUCAGAAAUGAGCACCAUUGUAAUUGGUUUGGAUUAUUGCCUGUCGCCCCUCAGCUCAGCAAUGGAACAGAGGCUCAUUCUGCAGUACCUGACCCCCCUGGGAGAACACCAAGAGCUGCUGGCUGUCUUCAUGCAAAUGGACACACGGUCACUGCUGAUGAACUACCUUGACCUCAGGAAGACCAAGAACGUCCAGCUCACCUUUGAUGCCCUCCUGUACCUGGCCUCAUUGCUGCUCCAUAAAAAGUUUGUGGCCGAGUUCAUUGCUCACGGAGGCGUACAGAAGCUUCUGGAGAUUCCCAGGCCAUCGAUGGCAGCGACUGGAGUUUCUCUCUGUCUCUACUAUCUGGCCUACAACCAAGACGCCAUGGAGAGGGUGUGUAUGCUCCCUGAUGGUGUCCUCUCAGACACGGUGUCCUACGCCCUUUGGCUGCUGGAGUCGUCCCACGCCUCUGGUGUCUGCCACGCCACCAUGUUUUUUUCCAUCUCCUUCUCUUUCAGAGCUGUGCUGCAGCUCUUUGACCAGCAGGAUGGCCUGCGUCGACUCGUUAACCUGAUCAGCACUCUGGAGAUCAUGAACAUGGACUCUGAGGUGGCCAUCCUGAGUGACGACCGUGUGUUCUCUGACCGACAGACGGCCAAACACACAUGCAUGGCUCUGCGCAGGUACUUUGAGGCCCACCUGGGGCUAAAGACUGAACAGGUGAAACAGUCCAUCCAUACAGCAGACAAAGGCGCAACAGGCCCUCAGCAGCCUGUUCAUAAGGCUCAUUCCUACCCCAGAGAGCAGGUUAUUGAGAUGAUGGAGUUUCUAAUCGAGUAUGGUCCUCCACAUCUUCACUGGGAGGCCGUAGAGGUUUUCUACAGGUUGUCCUGUGUUCCCCUGAUGCUGCAGCUCAUUUCUACAGCCUGUGACUGGAGGACAUACUAUGGCAGGAGUGACACAGUGCGUUACGCCUUGGACAUCCUGGCCAUCCUGACUGUGGUUCCUAAGGUCCAGUUGCUGCUGGCGGACUCUGUGAACGUCCUGGAUGAAACAGGGUCACCUGUCUCCACAGUGGGUAUGAGUAUUGUCCUCGGCGUGGCAGAGGGGGAGGUGUUUGUCAACGAUGCUGAGAUCCAAAAAUCUGCUCUACAGGUCAUCAUAAACUGUAUGUGCGCUCCGGACCAGAAUCUUAACUCUGUGGGAAGCUUCUCUGGCACCCCCAUCAGGCCGUCCCUGCACCUGCAGCAGCCUCAUGUUCCCCACAACAGGGUCCUUGGUCGCAUGUGGCAGGUGGUCCAGAACAAUAACGGGAUGAAGGUUCUCCUGUCUCUGCUGUCGGUGAAGACGCCCAUCACUGAUGCCGACCUGAUCCGAGCCCUGGCCUGUAAGGCUCUGUUGGGACUGUCCCGCUGCUCUGCCGUCAGACAGAUCAUCAGCAAACUACCACUCUUCACCAGUGGACACAUCCAACAGCUGAUGAAGGAGCCGGUGCUGCAGGACAAACGUAGCGAACAUGUCCGGUUUUGCAGAUACGCCGCCGAGAUGAUGGAGCGUGUGUCAGGAAAGCCGCUGCUGGUUGGCUCCGAUGUGUCUUUGGCUCGUCUGCAGAAGGCCAGUGUGGUGGCCCAGUCCAAGAUCACCUUCUCUGAGAAAGAGCUGCUCCUGCUGAUCAGGAACCACCUGGUGUCCAAAGGUCUCCAUGAUACUGCCAGCACCCUGGUCAAAGAGGCCAAUUUAGUCAACGGACCCCACUGUCCCAUCUCCUCCUCCUGCGUCACUCCUCCCGCCUCCUCCGUUAUUCCAAGGACUUGCCGACUCAGUUCCGGUAUUACUUCCCGCUCCCCAGGCCAUGUGGGCUCUUCCCCUCCCGUGCUCCCAUCAUCCCCUCCUCUUCCUGCUCCACAGCGUCUGGCUCUGCCCUCUACUCCGUCUACUCCUCAGGGACAGGGAUCACAUCCAUUAGGAAGGCUUUUGUUCUCGCGGGAACGUCCAGCAGCAAUUGGCAACUCUGGGAGAAGAAUUCGAGCUCUGAAGCAAAAGUCAGACCACGGUGCUUUCAUACAAACUCCAGCAAUGAAGAAGCAGCAAGAGCGCCACCUGCCCUCACCUCCUACCCUCGACAGCAUCAUCACUGAGUAUCUGCGAGAACAACAUGCCCGCUGCCAUAACCCCGUCACCACCUGCCCCCCUUUUUCUCUCUUCACGCCCCACAGAUGCCCGGAACCCAAACAGAGGCGGCAGGCAUUGCCCAAUUUUACAGCCCGACUGGGCAGCAGGGUUCUGUACCCAAAAUAUGGCGGCGUGGACCGAGGCUGUCUGGACAGACAUCUGAUAUUCAGCAGGUUUCGACCGAUGUCAGUCUUUCAUGAGGGCGAUGGAGACGAGAGCGGCUUCACUUGUUGUGCCUUCUCAGCUGGCGAGCGCUUUUUGAUGCUGGGAACCUGCUCUGGUCGCCUGAAGCUCUACAAUGUCUUCUCUGGUGAAGAGGAAGCCAGCUACACCUGCCACACCUCAGCCAUCACCCACCUGGAGCCCUCCAAGGAUGGAAAUCUUUUGCUCACCUCUGCCUCUUGGAGCGUCCCGUUGUCUGCCCUAUGGAGUAUGGAUGGUGUUUUUAGCAUGAAAAACUCAUUUGUGGACGAUCACUAUGUGGAGUUCAGUAAACUCUCUCAGGACCGAGUCAUCGGCACCAAGGACCAAGUGGCCCACAUCUAUGACAUCCAGACGGGUCAGAAGACCCUGACCCUAAAUGACCCUGCCCUGGCUAACAACUACAAGAGGAACUGCGCCACCUUCAGUCCGACUGAUGACCUGGUGUUGAAUGACGGAGUGCUGUGGGACGUGAGGGCAUCGAGGGCCAUCCAUAAGUUUGACAAGUUUAACAUGAACAUCAGCGGAGUUUUCCAUCCCAAUGGCCUGGAGAUCAUCAUCAACACUGAGAUUUGGGACAUGAAGACCUUUCACCUCCUGCGCACAGUCCCAGCUCUUGACCAGUGCCGACUGGUUUUCAACAGUAACGCCACCAUCAUGUAUGGAGCCAUGCUGCAAGCUGAUGAUGAGGACGAUACCAUGGACCAGCAGAUGAAGAGUCCCUUUGGUUCCUCCUUCAGAACCUUUGACGCUACGGACUACAAGCCCAUCACUACAGUGGAUGUGAAGAGGAACAUCUUUGACCUGUGCACCGACAACAAGGACUGUUACCUGGCUGUUAUUGAGAACCAGGACUCUGUGAGCUUGGACACAGUGUGUCGUCUCUACGAGGUAGGGCGACAGAAACUGGCUGAAGAAGGAGACGACGAUGAGGACGAGGAUGAAGACCAAGAUGACGACGAUGAUGAUUCUUCGGACUCGGACGACGACGACGAUGACGACAUGGACACUGACCCGCUCAUAGAAGAGCUGACCAACAAUGACAACCCAGACGACGUUGGACGAGUUGACACUCCCACAGAGGAGGAGAUCUCUCAGCUCCUCGGUGAAAUCGUCCAAGACAGUGACAGCGCUGACGACAGUGAUGUCAGCAGCGACUCUGAAGAUUUGAAUAAUUCCAUCAGAGGUGACGUUAGUUCUGAUCCGUUUGACCCUGAGAACACAGAUGAUGAAGCUGAACAGUCAGACAGUGAUGACACUUCUCCACUCCUGUGGUUUUCCUGAUUCUACAAGCCUUUGUUAUUAUUUUAUUUUGUUUUUUUUCCACAUUUUUCUUCAAGCAGACAAAGUGAAUGUGAACAAUGGGUCUCUCUUUAUACAAUUUAAAUAUAUUUAUAUGUAUUUAUCUAUAUUUUAAAUUGGGAGGGAUUUCAUGUUUUUCCUACAGUCUGGUCCAUAAAUGACGCUCACUCUGAGAGUAAAAUGGUAAAAUUGAAUCACCUUUCAACUGAGUCUGUCCGAAAUAAAGAAAAAGAAAAAUCAAAUGUGGCAGAACAGUUUUGUUUAAUUAGAAAUUUUAUCUGUAAAAAAAUAAGAUGCAAAUCUUUCAUUCUGUCCCUUUCCAAAGUGUUCAGUAUCCCACAUGUGAGGAGAGUUUGGAUUUCCACUAGACAAUGAAAAAACAUUUGCGUUAAUGAUCUGCUUUGUAUGGAAAUGGAUCCAACUUUUAGCAAAUAUACAGUAUACAGUACAGUUGUACUCACAACAAUACAAACAAAUGAAUGUGAUCGUUGCAGUGACUCUAAAGUGAUGGAAAUAUAGAGACAGGAUUCAGUACUAUCUGUCAGAGAACUGAAAAGUUUUAUAAAGGCGUGCAGGAAGGACUGUCUGUACAGUCACUACAGGAGGACACGAGACAACGAAGGACACACGGUCCUCGUUGAUUAACAUUUUUGUAGAAACGUCUAAAUAAAAUAUAUUCAUUGAGUAAAGUGUUAGUUAAUUCAUUUAUUUAAAGAAUUGUAACUUCUAUCAUAAGGUACCUUUCCUACUUUCAGUGAGUGUUUAAAUGUAUUACCUAGUAACUGACUUUAACAUAACCAAGGCAUUUUCUUCACAGUCUAUUUUGAAAACACUAUUUCGCUUUACUUUUGUUGUAUUUAUUUGUUUAAUUGUUACAUUCUUUUCGUACUUUUAUUGAUAACGUGGACCAUAUUCACAUAGUUUGUGAUGUAGCUUCUCCCGGCCAUCAAAAGAGGGCAGUGUUGCUUUGAUUGAAAAAAAAAAAAAA